AUGGUUAUUUUCAUGCAUCUCCCCUCGAACGAAGAAAUCGAGGUUUUCGAGAAUUCUGUUCUCGGAAAAGCCUAUCGUUUUACCGACCGAGCUUUGAUUCGCGAGGCUCUUCAAGGCCCUAGUAUCUUCAACCACCACGGUCAAAAGACGCUCGCAUUGGUUGGCGAUGCGACACUCCGCCAGUUUCUCGUUGAUCAAGGCCGAGAGAGGAACAAAACUCCGGAUGAGCCCCCCUCCCUUAGCAAUGAAUAUUCUGCACGUAUGCUAAGCAUGAUAUCAUUGGCAGGGGAGAUUCAGAACGUCAUCACCAAGGUGGCCUCCAAUGACAAUCUGUAUGACCGAGGCAUUGCCAUUGGACUUGACCCUUUCAUCGUGAAAAACCCGGGCCAGUGGGGCAAAACGGCCGGAAAGAAGACCAUGCCUACCACCAUGGAAGCCAUAAUUGGCGCAGUUUUCUAUGAUUCCACCAAGAACGGCGAUGAUCUCGAAAGGGUUCUCACUGCUCUCGGCCUCGCCUGGCCCGAAUGA